AUGAGCUCGGAUAGGACAAAUAUUCUCAAAAAGUACAAGAUUGUGUUUUUAGGUGAUCAGAGUGUUGGAAAGACAUCAUUAAUCACUAGAUUUAUGUAUGAUACUUUUGAUGAGACAUAUGCGACAACAAUUGGAAUAGACUUUCUAAGUAAAACAAUGUAUCUCGAAGAUGGUAAAACUAUAAGGUUACAAUUAUGGGAUACUGCUGGUCAAGAGAGAUUUAGGUCGUUGAUUCCUUCAUAUAUACGAGAUUCUCAUGUUGCUGUGAUAUGUUAUGAUAUUACCAAUAAAAAGUCAUUUACCAAUUUGAACAAGUGGAUCAAAGAUGUCAAGCUAGAACGUGGCGACGAUGUGAUUAUGGUGUUGGUUGGGAAUAAGCUGGAUUUAGCAAAUGACAAGCGACAAGUUAGUCUUGAAGAUGUCGAGCAGUUGCACAAUAAGACGGGGUCCAAGUUUUUUAUCGAGACCUCGACCAAGGCUAAUCAUAAUGUAAAGUUGUUGUUUAAAAAGAUUGCUCAAUCGUUACCUGAUUUUAAUAAUGAAGAUGAAGAUGGUGAGGGAGAAGGUGCAAAAGGUGAGGGAGACGGUACAAAUAACAAGUCAGAGACUAUAGAUAUUAGCAUUGAGAACAAUCCACAACAGGGAACUAGCACAUGCUGCUGA